GCGGCAGACGACCAACACCGUCGACGACGACCUCUCCAACCACUUCGCCGCCGACCCAGGCUCGGACACUCUCCUCGCGUAGUCAAAGCUCACACCUUGAGACAUCCUCGGCUGCGUAUCUAACCAUCCAUUCGUUUUCGCACUAUGCGAGAAUCCAACUUCGCCUUCCCGGUCCAGAAUCGGGCAUGUGUCUGCAUCUCAUCCCAGCUCUAUGAUAGAAGAGCUCUCGAUACCAACUCACCCUUGCCGCUGUUCAAUUCGCUGACCCAUCUUACCUACCUCACGUCCACAUCACCCCGCAUUCGCGAGAUCAUGACCAUGGAUGGCGGCCUCGAACGCCUCGUUCGAAUACUUCACGAUUUCUGCAUGUGUCCGCCGCCCCCGGAAAACCCGACGCUUUUCUACGGCCUCUCUCCAUCGUCUGCACAUCCUCCGAAGUUGGUUCCCACCCUCAACCCUAAGUCGUUCGACAAACAAGCGCAGUAUCGUUUCACCUUGGCCUUCCAGUGCGUUGUCAACAUUGGGGUUCGCGGGAGCGAGCCCAUCAGGAGCCGUGUUGUCCAGGCCGGGACGCUUGAUGUUGUGGGCUGCAUCCUCGAGGCGUGGCUUGCUGGCCACGGGUUCGCUGUUGGGCCAAGCGUUAGCGCGAGUGGCUUGCCGCGCGAAACUAGAGAGCAGAGAAACGCGAGGCGGCUGGCCCAGCAGGAGGCUCGCCAGAAGGAACAGGCAGAUGCGCUGGCCAGGGCCCUCCAGAGGCAGGUCAACAACGCUGAGCGCGCUUCUGGAAUUGAGAGAGGACCGAGCUCAUCAAACAGAGAAGACAAUGCUAUGGAGACAGAAUCACCGACGUCUCGACAGGAGACGGAUAUAUCGACAGGGACAUCGACAGAGACAUCCAAUAAUGUUACACCAGGCGGCACGGACACCCCUACUGGAGCUGUUAUUGUUCCAGGAAGGGACCGAAGCGGCACCAUCAUCGCCCGCCCGACGUGGGAUCAGGCGGCGGCUCCCACCAACGCCCAUCGCCGAGGUCAUCGGACUCGACAUCACCAGGCAUCAGAGUCUGCGGCUGCCUCCACGUCGACUUCUGCGGACAAUUCAAGGCCCGAAACGGAGACAGAGGACGAUGGAGACGUUGAUAUGGAUCGCGAGAGCAGCCGCGAGGUCGACGAACACUCUAUCUCCGGUACUCCUCCUCCCGAGCGUCGUGCCUCCAUCGCCAGUGUAGGCACCGUUCGCGGCACUGCUGUGCAUGCUCGGAGGGCUGUUGGGAUCGUCUCGGACGCAGCCACCAACACGACGGGUGCCUCACUCGAGAUCAACAGCGAUGCUCACAUCAUCAUCAAUGAGCAAAACGGGGUUGGGGUGGACGGGGUUAGUGUGGAAGACGGUCUUGUCUCUCUGGAAGCGAACGACGAUUUUGCGAUGGGCGCGCCGCCAGGUGCUCCGGGAGCCAUUGAUGGACCGGCAGCGCGCGCCGUCUCCGACGUUCACGGGCCAGGGGAGAGGACGCCUCGCGCGGGCACGGCCAACUUGCCUCACGCUGUGCCCAUUGCUCUCCCACCCGUGCCGAACACCACAACAGUCCGGGUGACGGCUCCCACCGAAACCGGAACAAUGCGCGGACGUACCAGCCGCGCUGUCAACGCCACUCCGACGGCGGCGAACAUGGCUGGCUCUGCUGCGGCCUCGUCGCAUGGGCAUCAUCACAUGCGGGAGACAGAUACGGGUCCCUACAGAGAUGAAGAUGUUCUGCUGAGCCUCCAGCUCCUAGCGUACCUCAGCAAGUAUCCACAUGUCCGACAAGCGUUCUACAAGCCGCGUCCAUCUUUCCAUCCUGCGACGGCUCAGUUGCCGGUUGGCGAUGGCAGGUUCGCGCAGCCUGUCGCUGGGCCGAGCACUAGCAAAGCUUCCAUUACUUCGUCUACCCCGACUAAGGAGCCAAACUCGUUUAGGAAAGUCUUCAAUACCGCUACAGGCCGCGGAAAGGAGAAAGAAAAGGCGCCGGCGGUGCCAGAGCCGAACGCUAAUGGCUCUGCUGUUCCUCCAAAUACCCCCACUCGCAUGACGAAUGUGUUUUCGCUUGUGGAGAGGUUCACCUUCCGCCAUAGCUCGGCUGAUCUCGACUCGCCGAACCCUCCGCCUUCGCUUCCUCCAGAGAUUCAGUACUGGGCUGGUGUCAUCAUGCGAAAUGCCUGUAGGAAAGACGAGACUAGAGGUGGUAUUCGGCAAUGCGCGAACAUGCUGUGCGGCCGUUGGGAGUCGUAUCCCCGCGAAUUUGCCAAGUGCCGCCGAUGUAGGAAGGCAAAGUAUUGCGGGAAGGAGUGCCAGAGUACAGCGUGGAGUGAAGGACAUCGAUUCUGGUGUAGCGCGAAGGACCCCGAAGAAGACGGAGAGCAUCAUCAUUCACACCACGGCGAAAGCUCGCGCUCGGCUGCAGCGGGUAGCUCUAUGGCUGCUGCAGCAGGGGCGCCUGGCAUUUUCGGAAUCACUCGAAGGAACGAACGUGAACGCGAGCGCGACCGACUGGUCCGGGCAAUGGUGACGGAUGUGCGUUUGGCUGAUCAGAUCGGCGUUGCCCGACCACCAGCACAUGCGAUACGUCCUGCGGUGUCGAACAUCAGCAUCAGCCCAAACGAUACAUUGGCGACGCUGAAUGCUGUCCCGUCGCCUGUCGUUGCUGUUGUUGGGCCAUCUGCGGGCGAGACGAGGGGGACGGCGUUGGAGGCCGAACGUGGAGAGGACAUGGUGAUUGGAUGAAAAUGGACCACGCUCGAUGUGUCAUUUUCCAUAUGUUGCAGGAGUCCUUACGCUCCUCUUUUACUCUUCUUGUUCAAGUUCCAUCGCUGCUGGUGGAAUGAUACUUUACCCAGACCGUAUUUCGCUCAUUCUACUACUGUCCGCAUCGACCAUCGUCGUUUGUCUCUUCUGCAAUGUAACUAGUCAACUUACCCCACAUCCACACAGUCUACCGCAAUACCAUUUUCUUUGACUGUCGCCAUACUUCGAGAGCAUUCCAUGGCCUCGGUCGGGUUUUGUUUGUCCGGAACAAAUAGAGUCGUUAGAAAAUGUGAUCGCUGGGAGGAAGCGCUCGUCCCUCACGCACACACACAUCCGCCGCGUUCUUUCUCUAUUAUUGACGUUCACCUCCUCUUUGUAUCGCCCAUCAAUGGCUGCUCAGGCG